UACACCCCCCCCGAAUCGAUGGCGUCCUCUACCGAUAGCGAACAGCUGGUUUUGCGUAUCAAUUAAAUUAGAAAAUUGGAAAAGAAAGGGUCGCAGGCAAACGAGAGCAGUUGACGGCCAGAACGGCGGCCCCAAGAUGACCGCCCGCAACCCCCAGACGCUGAUGGCCCUGCCCAGCGAGGAGCACUUCGACUUCCUGUUCAAGAUUGUCCUGAUAGGCGACUGCGGGACGGGGAAAACCUGCAUAGUGGACAGGUUCAAGACGGGGAACUACAUAGAGCGCCAUGGAAACACCAUUGGCGUGGACUUCUCGAUGAAGACCAUCGCCGUGGAGGGCAAGCAAAUCAAGCUGCAAAUCUGGGACACUGCUGGCCAGGAGAGGUUUCGCACCAUCACGCAGAGCUACUAUCGCUCCGCCAACGGGGUCUUAAUUGUUUACGAUAUCACCAAGCGGUCUUCCUUCUCCAACCUGCAAAAGUGGAUCGAGGAGGUGCGCAGGUACACGGCUUCCAAUGUGCUGAUAAUCCUGGUGGGCAACAAGUGCGACCUGGAGGAGCAGCGCGAAGUGGACUUCGAGGAGGCGCGCCAGAUGUGUCAAUAUAUACCUGAGAUCCUGUUCGUGAUGGAGACCUCCGCCAAGGAGAACAUGAACGUGGAGGACGCCUUCCGCUGCCUGGCCAACGAACUUAAGCGGCAACACGAUGCCAACAACGUGGAGGAGGUGCCGGAGAACACCAUCACCUUGGGCCAGGGAAAGCCUUUAAAGAGUUGCAGCAGCUCCUGCAAUCUCACCUAGACACUAAACCCACUAACCCCGCUGUUUAUUUUGCUUUUACUUUUGUGAUCAAAUUGUUCGUGUGGCUAUAUUUUAGUAUGCUAAUGUUUUAACCUAAUCCUAGACACUAACUUUUACACAACCAUGUAUUUAUUUUAGACGAUAGAGUACAAACAAUCUCACACAUCAGCGAAUCGAGCCAACAAUGUCAAUUACAAGGCAAUGCUCAGAGAGGCAAACACGUCCACUUCUCUAUUUGUAAUUUGUAUUUGUAUUCAAUUUGAUACGCGGUACGAUACGCGACAGUGUCGAAAUAAACUCGUUUAUUUUGUAAUUUUA